AUGCUCCGCCGCAAACCCACCGCCCUCACAAUCACGGCCGAAGACAUCGCCUCCUUCGAAGAGGCACACGCCCGUCGCCUCGCGUACCUACGCUACAAAAAGACAGGCGACGACCCGGAGGGUUUGUUCCGCAACGGGGCCGGCCCGGAACUCCAACAGCAGAGCGCGACAGAGUCACAAGUGAGCGGUGAGCAGCAGCAGCAGCAUCAUCAAGCGGCGGCAGCGGCGGUGGAUCCGAACGACGAGUUGAAGCCGUUGCCGGGGGAUAAGGCGAGGAUCGUGAGGGGGAGGGAGGAGCGCAUCAUGGGGCCCGGCAGCGCGAGAUGA